UUGCAUCACGCCCGUGCCGCCACCACUGCUCAAUCCAUCCACAAGGCUCUUACAAUCAUCUCCCCCCUGAUGUCGUCGUAAGCCGCCCGGAUCUGUGUGUCGGUGUCCGGCCAGUCAGUUGGCUGUGGUCGUCCAACAACACACAACCCCUGUUGGCGAUCCUGUGCACACUCGGCUUACAGUGAUGGAACUUUAUUCGUCCGACACUCCGGGAUUUCUCAAGUAAUCCCGUUCAAGAAUGUAGUUCUGCAUAUCAACGUUAGCAACGUUAAAUUAUUGUUAAUUUUUGGGGCUUGUGCCGUUACGUACACUCGUCACGUGCCCAGCAGUCAAGGUACAAUGCUGUCAAUAGAUCUGGUGGCCAUGUUCCUGGCGUCUCUGUCUAUUGCCUUCCAACUGUCGGGCCUCCUCACCCCCGGGUGGUGGAUCGUCGAACCCCGUCCCCCUUCCAACCUCACCCUCAAGUACGGAAUAUGGAGGACGAUAUCAUGUGUGGCUGAUGACUGCACGGAGAAAGUCACAGAUGCUACAGGCACCUUCGCCUGGCUGCAAGUGACGAAGGUUUUCGAAGUCGGAGCUGCUGUGUUCGCGGCUCUAGCGGUGGCUUGCUAUGUUCUGUCAGUGUUCAAAAACAAGUGGUCUGUGGUACUGUGCCGGCUGUUUGUUUGUUUAAUGGCGGGAGCUGGGUCGGCCAUAUUGGUGGGCAUUGCGGUAUUCGCCAAGAAGUGUGCUGGACUCACGCGCUACCCCAAACGAGAUACCGCAGGGGGCCGAAUUGACUGGCCGAUGGGGUUGUCAGCUGUUGCGGCCAUUUUGUGUUUUGUGGACGCAGUUGUUGUGGGGCUUUUUCUUCGGACAAAAAAAACACUUUCAGAAAUGAACCUGAUGGAGUGAAGUGCUACAGCGAUCACUCUUGGGCAUCGUUAACCAGAAACUGUCGAGGGACAAAUUGGUGUUUAUUGUUGUUUGUGAAUUAGAAACAAUUGAUUGAUUAUAUAGUAUAUCUGUGAUUUCCGGUUCUUAAGCGUCAUAUUCCAAUCGCCGGGCUUACUGUACAAUCAUUGUGAUGUAUGCGACCAAUGAACUUUGUAUUUUCAUAAUAAACAUACUGUACGUUUGCU